UAGAAAACGAAACUAUCAAAACAAAAUUUCAAAUGCGUAAUUAAAAAAAGAGAAUUGUUUGUGUAAUUAGAAGACAAUGUCUUUUCGUCUCUUCACAUCGCGACUUUUGAGACAUGGCAGAUUAUGGAUUCACACCUACACUAAGCAAGAAGCCAAAGCCAAAAUAGCAGUUCAAUCACAUCAUCAAAAUGUUCCAGAAAAGUUGUCGAAGGGACAACGCUUCCUUCGACAUCAAGGAACAUCGUCAAAAACUGACAAACAACAAUUCAUCAACAAAACCUUGAGACGCUUCAUCGGACCUUUAUCGUCAAAUUGGAAGCUACAAGCCAGCAAGAGACUCUUGUACGGCAGUGCAGAUUCCUUUUACACGGCACAGGAUUUAGCUGCAAACCGUCAAUUUCUCUCGAAAGACGAAGAACUCGAAGGAGUUUGUUAUGCUGUGCGUGAAACGGUGUCGUACUUUUACGAUUUUUAUGCGAAGGAAAAUGCUGAGGGGCAAUUUCACGAGAAUUUGAGUCUCGAGGACUUGGAUAUUGGCGAACCGAUUGGCAUUGGAUGCUCAGCAGUGGUUUAUGCCGCCAAAUUGAAGACGCAAAAGAACUUUGGCGAAGUGUCGGAAGACUUGCAAUACGCUCUUGCGGUGUACGAUGACGUUGAGAUGCAAGAAAUCCCCGAAUCUUCCGGUGUUUCAGAGAAAAACGAAAAAAUCGAAGCCGAAACGAAAGAAAUUCAAGAAGUUAGUCCCCUUGAAUACCCGUAUGCCUUGAAAAUCAUGUUCAAUUAUGACAUUGAGAGUAAUGCUGUGGCACUAAUUCGUGCCAUGCACAAAGAACUGAUUCCAGCGAUCCAGUUUUGCAACGAAGAAGCUGUCGAAUUGAAGAAAUCUUUGGCAAGUGAGACGAAUUUUUUGCCGCGACACCCGUUUAUCGUCGAUAUUUAUGGAGUUUUUUGCGAUCAAAUGCCUUUGUUGAGUCAAGCUGAGAAUUUGUAUCCGAUGGCACUCCCUCCGAGUCUCAAUCCGAACGGAUACGGACGAAAUAUGAGUUUAUUUUUGCUGAUGAAACGUUACCAACACUCUCUGCGGGACUUUUUGAACCAGACAGAAGUCUCCAUGAGAGAUCGUGUAAAAAUUUUCGCGCAACUACUUGAAGCUGUUACUCACUUGAAUCGGCAUGGCAUCGCUCAUCGUGAUCUGAAAACGGAUAAUAUUUUGUUGGAUUACAAGCCAAAGACGGAAGACAUCACUCUUGUACUCUCGGAUUUCGGUUCGUGCAUCGCCGACAAAAAGAACGGGUUGAAAGUUCCUUAUCCCUCGAUUGAAAUGGACAAAGGAGGAAAUGUCGCUCUCAUGGCUCCCGAAAUAAUUUCCAAACAACCCGGAGCAUUUUCCGUCCUGGAUUACUCGAAAUCCGAUUUGUGGGCUUGCGGAACGAUCGCUUAUGAGAUUUUCGGGCAUUUGAAUCCCUUCUACAAUGGCAAUACGAAUGCUGCGCUGCGAAGUGCAACUUAUGAGGUACAAGACUUACCGAAGAUGAACGACAAUGUCCCGUUAUUUGUGCGAAAACUUGUGAGAGCGAUGCUGCAAAAGAAUCCUCAAAAACGACCAGCAACCGAUGUCGCGGCUAAUAUCUUACAACUUCAUCUUUGGGCGCCAUCUCAGUGGCUCAAGAGUAACAAGAUGCCUUCAAGUAAAGAGAUAAUUCAAUGGUUAUUGUAUCUCACAACGAAAACAGUUUGCGAAGGACGACGAAAAGUGGGCACUGAGAACGUGUUUCGAUGGUCUCAAACGGAUUACUUGCUAAUCUGCAGCUUUUUGAGUCGUGUCAGCAUUCAACGGAUCAAAGAAGCGCUCAAUUGGAUUCAGAGAUCUAACAACUUUGUCCUGCAUGUGAUUUAAAAAGGUUGCAAAAUUUGAAGUGAUAUUUAUUUUUGUUGAGUUGUGAAACGAAAAAUCUAUAUAUUUUUUAAAGAGGAAAUUUAUUUUUAUGAAAAUUGUUUUUAGUGAAACAGAAAUAAUAAAGAAAAUUGAGCGAGAAAUAAUUUUUUUUCAUGAA